GUUAGGGGCCAGGCUGUUGCUAGGGGAGCAUGUGAGAUUCACUUCAAAGUUGACCUCACAUAUAGGUGAAGGAGGUACCUACUUAAUUGCCCUUUCCAAGAGGGCGGUAACCUGGGAAACGCGAUCAUAAUUGUUUUCCCUCCAAGCCUGAAGUUCGCGUGUUCCUGCAUUUCAUCCGCCACCAUCAAGGUACCUCCUACCUACCUACCUACCUAAAGGCCUCCCGACCUUACAAAACCCACCCACCCACAUCACCACAUCACCACACUCGCCGAGAUUUCCAAUCAAAAUCGCCGUGCACUUCCCGCCAUGGACGGCAACCCUUUGUCAAAUGGUAUGCCUGCCAUGGACAAAACUACUUUUCCAAGUGGUAUUCCCGCCAUGGGCGAUAAUCCUUUGUCAGGUAGUGUGCCUGCUGCCAUGGAGGAUCUUCUUUUGUCAAAAGGUUUCCCUGCCGCGGCCGAUAUUCCUUGGCCAACUGAUAUGCCUUGGCGCAGGGAGCCUGAGACUCCUUUGUCUCCUUUCUCAAAACGUUUGCAUCUUGCAAUGGAGAAUGAAGUGAGAAAACAUGAAGCGAGAAAACUUGCAGAAAUGGAACCCACGGGACAGGACACAACGGGAAAGGGGAUGAUAGAAAUGUUCCAGGUUGAUGAUGACUUCGAUCCUUUCGGCCCUGCAGUCGAUGCACCUGAAGAGGACUCUGAGCAGGAAGUCUCAGCCGAGGAGGAGAAGGUCAAGGCGGAGCAUACUCGUCUUCUCCGAGAGUGGCAUCGGAAUCAUCAUCUCGAGCACCUCUAUGACGGGAAGAGAACCCCGAUUGGCAAUGUCAGCAAAGCCAUCCCCAUCUAUCUAAUCAUUUGGUUCGGAAGCAUGUGGAAGACCCACGUCCCAUUUCCAGGAGCAACUCUGAGUAUGGCGAGACUUCCUCGCCAACCAGCCGAAUAUCCACCACCAAAUCCCGCGUAUCCCCUCAACAACCCUCCAUAUCUUCCACCUCAGAUUCCUCAAGUUCUUCAGAUCCCUCAGAAUAUUUCGCCACCAAUCGAUCCGGUCUCGCUCCCGCCAGUAUCUGCAACCAUGGACGUUGACAACACUCCCUCGGUUCCACUUGCGGCUCUCACCGCUGACCCGGAGCCAAAUUCUUGGUCGGCCACCCCCGCUCCAGCUGCCAGGCGCGUCGUGACCCGCGCUGCCCGUCCCACGCCCGUCAUGGUCCCCGCUGCCGCUGCUGGACCCGCGAUGGCCCCCGCCGCGGCCGCCGCGCCCGGUCCCUUCAUGAUGCCCGUCGCCGCCGCGCCCGGCCCCUUCUUGAUGCCCGUCGCCGCUCCCGGCGCCGUCAUGGCACCCGUCGCCGGUCCCAGGCGCGCCGUGGCCCCGGGGAUGUGCCCCGACUGCGGCUAUCCGAUGUCCAACUGCUGCCGCGGGAAAGGGAAGAAGAAGGACAAGCCCAAGAAGCCCAGGUACCGCGGCCCUCCCGGCGGCAAGGGCCAGCACAACAUGGGUGUCGUCGAGCCCGGCAAGCCGAAGAAGGUGGCUCCGAAGGUCGAGAAGGCCGAGAAAACCGCGGAAGUGGCUAAAGAUGGCACCGAUGCCAAGGACUGGGUUAAGAAAUAGUAGUCCGGUCCGACUACCACGCUGGCGAAAAAGCAGCCAGCCAAGACUUGUCGUCUAGUUCUGACGGGACCGGAAGGGGAUAGCACGGCCGGUAUGGCGUGCUCGAUGAUCCAAGUCUAAAAAU